AUGCGUUCUAUUGCAGGAAUCAAUUGUUAUGAAAUGGGUAGAGCUCUUCAAUAUGUUCGUGUACAGAAUUCUAGUUCUGCUUUGUCAUCUCUAUUCAAUAGUACAGAUUCAAUUGAAUACUACUCGUCUCCUGUUGUUUUAUCACAAAGCUCCACUCAGCAUACUAAAACUCAACUGUUGCUGAUAAAUUUUCAACGUGAGACCGAUCCAACUGGCAUUCGUUCACGUAUUUGGGAAGUAUUUUGUGAUCGUGCAACUAGAUCUAAUUUUAUAAAAUGCAUUAAUAAGUCCCAAGGAGUGGAUAUUUCUGUAUUGCCAACUAUAUACACUCGGAAUCGUCAACAUCCAUUCUGGCUUUCUCCUCGUGGUAACGGAUUAGACUGCCAUCGAACGUGGGAAGCACUCUAUUUAGAUGUUAUUCCAAUCGUAUGGAAUUCCUCAUUGAACUCUUUGUAUGUUAAUUUGCCUAUAAUAGUCAUCAAUGACUACAGUGAAAUUACUGAAAAAUUUCUGCUUACCAAGUUGAGAGAAAUAGUCUUUCAAAAACGAAACAAGUGGCCCAUUCAUCGAUAUGAAAAGCUGAAAUUUGGCUAUUGGCGGCGUCUCAUCUUGAGUAAAUCCAGACAUGCAAUAAGAACAAUAAACCGAGAAAAUCAAUGUUGGCGUGCUAAACGCACCAGAAAUGGGCAUGGCUAUUAG